AAGACACUUUUAAUAAUAUUUUACCAAUUCGACUACAUAAUAAUAAUCCUAAUAGACUUAUUACACCAAUUCAAUCUAAUCAAAAUAUAUUAUUCAACCAAUUUGAUCAACUUACCUCUAUAUGUAAGGCUUUAGGAUCUAAAAAAUCCAAUAAAAAAUUUCUACAAGAUCGAAUAUAUUAUGGUAAAAGUUAUAGAUUGUUGCAAACUAUUCUAAUAUUAGCAAUAGAGACAAAAACUAAUGAAGAA